CUAUUGGCCAUUGAUAUUGAAACUAGUGAAAAGUAUUGAUCAUUGAGUGAUAUACUAAUGUUAAUUGACUAAAUACAUUUUAAGGUGCAUUUUGGAUGAGCUCCGUUCAACCGACAGAAACUACAGCCCCCAUAGUUCCUUGCAAAAUCUCACAGACUCAGUUGCUCUCAGAAAUGCAUUCAACUGGACAACAGCGCGCACACGAGUUCAGUCGGGGAAGAAUUUAGAGGUUCACAAUGACCAGAGGUCCAGCUGUAAACUAGCUUGCUUUCAAUCAUUGUUAAUCCAUGGAAUGGAGCAAAGGUUGACCUUCUCUCAUACAUACAGUAUGAAAAUAGCUGCAGGUAGCACUUUACCGCCAUGUUCGUCAUUGUGAAAGGUUUCCCUCUCACCCCCUCUGUAAUGUGUAACACUGGAUCCUCUGUGGAAGGGAAUAGUGCUAACAGGAAUCUCUACUUGUCUGCUUAGAACAUCUGAAUCUGAAGGUUUAGGCCCUACUCUCUGGUUUCUAUGAAAAUUCCUAUAGCAAGCCUCUUCACUAUAGCAAUACCACUUAGUCAUUUGAUACAGUCAGACGUAGACUUGGGACUCCAGUGUCCACUGUCAGGCCACUACCAUGGUGAACAAAGACGCUAUGGUGAGUGGGGACAGGGCUGUGGAGGAAGAGGCUGAACUGGACCUGAAGGAGACCUCCCCUGGAGAGCCUGACCCUGAGAUGGCUCUUCCCCCACCUGAGGACCCCUCAGACGGCCAGACCAAGACCGCCCGGACCUGGGAGUUGUCGGUGGUGUUCCUGUGUUUCUAUGGGUUUAUGGUGCAGCUGAAGCCUGGGGAGCCCUUUAUAACACCAAACCUGCUCAGCAUGGAGAAGAACUUCACCAGGGAACAGGUGACCAAUGAGAUCAACCCGAUCCUGUCCUACUCCUACAUGGCGGUGCUGGUGCCAGUCUUCCUCCUGACAGACGUCUUGCGUUACAAGCCCGUCCUGGUCCUCUCCAGCCUCAGCCACGUGGCCAUCUGGCUCCUCCUUCUCCUGGGCUCCUCCCUCUUAGAGAUGCAGUUCAUGGAGUUCUUCUACGGCAUCACCAUGGCAGCACGCGUGGCCUACUCCUCCUAUAUCUUCUCCCUGGUCACCCCAGAGCUCUACCAACGCGUGGCCAGCUACUCACGCUCUUGCGUCCUCAUGGGGGUGUUUGCCAGCUCGGUGCUGGGCCAGGUGUUGAUAUCUGUAGGCAGGCUCUCCUUCGCCACGCUCAGUGCUGUCUCCUUGGCCUUGGUGUCCUUCGGCCUGGUGCUCUCCUGCUGCCUGCCCUGGCCCAAGAGGUCCUUGUUCUUCAACAGGGCCCACCACGCUGCCCAGAGGAACCUCCAGGAGCAGGCUGCCGCCCAGUCGGAGCUGGCCAGGAUGAAGCAGGGCGAAGCGGGCUUGGGUUUAGGUGACACACCCUCCCUGGCCCCUCUCAGCUCUGGUUCCUCCUGGAGGGACUCUGUGUUUAUUCAGAUGCUGAAGGAGCUGAGGAACGUGCCGCAGAGGCCCAGCCUGAGACUGUGGAGCCUGUGGUGGGUGUUCAACUCCGCUGGCUACUACCUGGUGCUGUUGUACGUCCAUGUCCUGUGGAACAAGGUGUACCCCGCCACGGAGAACAAACACGUCUACAACGGAGGGGUGGAGGCUGUCUCCACACUACUGGGUGCGAUCACGUCGUUUGCAGCGGGCUUCGUGAAGAUCCGCUGGAACCUGUGGUCUGAGCUGGUGAUUGGCAUCAUCACGGCUCUGCAGGCUGGCCUGCUGCUCCUCAUGGGGACCACCAGCAACAUAUGGGUCUGCUAUGUGGCCUACUCCCUCUUCAAGGGUUUCUACCAGUUCCUCGUGCCUAUCGCCAUUUUCCAGAUCGCCUCGUCGCUCACCAAGGAGCUGUGUGCCCUGGUGUUUGGGGUCAACACUUUCCUGGCGACCGUUCUGAAGACCAUCAUCACCCUCAUCGUCUCUGACAAGAAGGGUCUGGGACUAGACGUGCACUCCCAGUUUCUGGUCUACUUCUUCUACUUUGCCUUGCUGACGGUUAUCUACCUGGGCUGUGCUGCCUUGGUCAUCAUUCGCCACUACAGGAACCAAUCGGCAGGAGGGGGAGGGGACACAGACCAGGCCACGCCCACUGAGCUAUGUUCCGUACCAUCAAACCCCUCAGAGACGGAACCUCUGUCCAAUGGGAACAACGUGAAGGCCUGAAAGGAAUAUUCUGGAAUGUUGGCAGUGAAGCCCUUUAUCUACUUCCCCAGAGUCAGAUUAACUCGUGGAGACUAUUUUUAUGUAUCUGCAUGCAGUUUGAAGGAAUUUGCUAACUAGCGUUAGCCAAAUUGCUAACUGCCAUUAGCGUAAUGACUGGAAGUCUAUCGGAACAGCUAGCAUGCAAGUUGUCCCUGUAGACUUCCUGUCGUUGCGCUAGCUAACGCUAGUUGGCAUUGGCUCGCGAAACUACCUCUAACUUCUUUCAUACUGGAUGUAGAGACAUAAAAAUGGUAUCCAUGAGUUCAUCUGACUGUGUGGAAGUAGAUAAAGGGUCUCCUUGCCAAAAUCUUUAACUAACCCUUGAACAUUGUGUCAUCUUUACAUCAACACCUAAACCCCCUACACUGACUUUGAGUGGUCUAAACGGUCUCGGAAUCUCUCGCUACGGCUUCCACACGACUGCACAAGGACAGAUGAGACUUAGAGGUGAGUCGAGACCUCAUGACACUUCGUUGGAUGUGUUGGGGGAGUGUAGUUUACCAAUGUUAGUGAACAGUCACUGUUCUCAGCCCUUAGUGCCUUAUCUGUUAUAUCCAACGUGUAUUCAGUUCACCAAAAGGAUGUUAUUAUGGAAUACAUAUUUUUUUCUCAAUGUUUUUAAAGAAUUACAGGCAGGGCCCACCUACAUUACUACAAGAUAAUAUAUAAAGAAAAGCUCACUCGAUCGAGCCUAAUGGUCUUGUAUGCAGCGGUGGAAAAAGUACCAACUUGUCAUACUUAAUUAAAAGUAAAGAUGCCUUCAUAGAAAUGACUCAAGUAAAAGUCUAAAAGUAUUUGGUUUUUAAAUAAAGUUAAGUAUUAAAAAGUAAGAGUAUAAAUUAUUUCAAAUGACUUAUUAAGCAAACCAGAUGGCACAAUUGCAUUUUUUUUAUUCAUCAGUAGCCAGGGGGACACUCCAACAUUAAGACAUACUUUACAAAUUAAGCACUUGUGUUUAGUGAGUCCGCCAGAACAGAGGCAGUAGGGAUGACCAGGGUUGUUCUCUUGAUAAGUGUGUGAAUUGGAACACUUUUCUGUCCUGCUAAGCAUACAAAAUGUAGCAAGUACU